UGGAUGAGCUGCUGGAGCUGGCCGCAGAUCUGUAAGGGUCUCUGAACAGCGAGCAAGGCAGCCAGAGUCACUGCAGCACUCACUCUCACUCACUGCAGGAGAAGAGGAGCAGGCAGGGCUGCUGUCUGGGGAAUAAAGCUCUCAGCCGCAGGGACACACACACUCAUAUAUACACACACACACACACACUGAGUCUUCGUGGGCACUGUUUUAUGCUGUUUUAUAUGGACUCUGGACUCGCACUGGAGCUUAACACUGGAAUUUAAGGACGUCUGAAGACUGCUUUACCUUUGGAAUUAUAUUUUAUCAUUAAAGGAAGAUGUUACUGAAUAUAAAACAUAUACUGUGGUUAUUCUGCCUGUGCCAGACGUCCCACGCAUUUGUCUCUAGCUCCCUAACAGUGAUGCGGCCAGUGAGCGGCUCUCUCUCGGGGAAGGUGGUCCUGCCGUGUCACUUCUCCACCCUGCCCACCGCGUCGCCCAGCAAUACCACGAUCUCAGCAACAGACUACCUGCGUAUCAAAUGGACCAAGAUGGACGGCGAAGUGGAGUCGACAGUCCUUGUGACCCAAAACGGUGUCAUUAAAAUCGGGCCGGGCUACAGGAACCGAGUGUCUGUGCCAAGUCAUCCGGAAGACAUUGGGGAUGCCUCUUUAACUGUGGUCAAACUACGGGCCAGUGAUGCUGGAACUUACCGGUGUGAGGUCCUGUAUGGCAUUGAGGACACUCAAGACACGGUCAACCUGAACGUCAAUGGUGUUGUUUUCCAUUAUCGGGCAAAGAGCAGUAGAUACACCUUGAACUACAAUGAGGCUGUUGAGACCUGCAGAAAUGUUGGGGCUACCAUUGCCACUGUGGAUCAGUUGAAAGCUGCCUAUGAGGAUGGAUUUGAUCAGUGUGAUGCAGGCUGGAUAGCAGACCAGACAGUAAGAUACCCCAUAACUAUGCCAAGGCCUGGCUGCUCUGGGAACUUGCCUGGAAAACCUGGCGUCCGCUCAUAUGGACUUCGACAGCCUGAGGAGACCUACGACGUGUACUGUUAUGCAGACAAGCUUGACGGCGAGGUGUUCUUUGCUCCUACCACACGGAAGAUGUCAUUUGAGGAGGCCAAGGCUGACUGUGAGAACAGGAACGCAGUACUGGCCUCACCUGGUCAGCUCCACUCCGCCUGGAGGAAAGGUCUGGACCGCUGCGACUACGGCUGGCUCUCUGACGGAAGUGCCCGCCACCCGGUCGCUGUACCCAGAAUGCAGUGUGGCAGAGGUCUGCUCGGGGUCCGAACCAUGUACCGCUACCGCAACCAGACGGGCUUCCCUGAGCCCACCAUGAAACUCGGAGCAUACUGUUUCAAAGGUCGUGAGCUCUUCAACCAGACAAACUGGGUGGAUGUCACAAUCCAGGGUGGUACAACCACCUCACCGACCACAGCCCAGACUACCUCCUUUGGCACAGAAGCAACCCUGGAACAUAAUGAAUCCCCUAACACACAGGCCAUGUCUGUCGAUGAUUCUGGGAACCUGGACCCAACAGAGCCUCCCUCCAUGUUUUCCACAAGCAUGGCCCCACCAACCGUUACACAUGCUUCUGUCAACCCUGAAUCACAGACUAGCCCACAUGUGGCAGCCGUGACAGUGGAAUCUGAAGAAGAUGACUUUAACAUUGAAGAAAUUGGCAUGAAAGUCCCAGACGUGCUACAGGAACGUGGAGAUGUCGUCCGUGUAGAAUCUACAAGAGAACCCGGCACAGAGACACCACCUGAAUAUACGGAAGAUCACAGUGUGAUUAAAGUGGGCACAGUUCCUCCUGAUGUUCCCCUCCCGGCAUCUCCAAGCACAGAUCCCAUGUUUGCUGAAGGAAAAACUGAGGAAUCUACGGUGAAGUUCAUGCCAGACUCCAUGUUGACAGAUUCGGAAGGAGCUUCACAGUCUGGUACAGAAGAAACGCCAGGAGCUACCCAACCAACAGUGGAGAUCGGUGGCACUCAAUCAUCUUCAUCAAGUAAACCAAUAACUUCCACACAGAAAGACCACCUAAGUUCACCCCAAACGCCAGUGCAUAUACUCUCACCAGAUUCCCAGGAGAGCAGUUCCAGAGCAAACAUGGAAACAGAUGAUGCUGGCUUCCCUGGUACCACAGGUAUUCAUCAUCUGACCACAGUAGAAAAUAUAUCUCCUACAGAAGAAACCCAGACUACUGCUCUUCCUGACUAUGAUGACAAAGCCACUGAGGUUGGUGUUGAGGCUGGACCACCAAGCCAACCAAACACCAGUCCAAAAUAUGACGUGUCAGAUGUCUCAGAAGAAGUUACCACCCCAGCAACAACUACUGAGCCCACUGUUACAUUCACAACCUUCAUGUGUAACACUCAGCCUGGAUCUCAAACAGAAUCGACAACCUCAGAAAUGGAAGCAAUAGAGCAAUCCACCAGCCCUGUUGAAGAUAGCUCUCAAGCAUCGAUUGACUCCGUCACCAAAUCACCAGAGUUAACAGACCACGAAACCCUGGAACCCAUUAGCACCACACCUCCUUCUCAAGCGACCACACCAGCAUCAUCUAAACUUUCCACACCCAUCGGGAUGGAAACUACCUCUGCACCCAGUGAAUCAUUGUCCGAGAACCCAUCAACAAGUAAAGCAACUGUAGUGGACGAACCAUCUGCAGGAGCUUCAGGCACUACAGAUAAUACCCCUAGUUUCACUGAGACAAUGCUAGAAAGCAAGGACACCCCCACAGACACUGAUACUGAGCAGAAGUCACCGGUGACUGUUUCUCCUUCUACAAGUUCCGCAAAUUGUACCGUGUCGGCUGAUGGUAUGUCCAUCCAUGUGAUCGUCAUUAACAUUGACAAGCAGAUGGAAAAUAUUACAGCGGACCUGGACUCCCUUCUUUCCAUGGGCCAGAUCCCUGUUGUCCCAGAGGUACCCCAUGACCUCAUUCCUUCCCCUGUGGAUGGUGAGCCCAUUUUGAACAGUCCUACUCAUGAAUUUGAAUCUCUUGAUGCCACCACUCUGCCCACACUGACAACAUCUCAGUUUGAUUACAUGAUCGAGGUUGACACAACACAGGAUGAGUCACAUGAGCCAAGUCAAGGUGUAACCUCAGAUGUUUUCUUUAGCACAGUGGAGCCAACGUAUGAUUAUAGCCAUGAACCGUUUCAUGUAGAAGCAUCCCCUGCAUCACAUCUUGUGCCAGAUCCUGAAUAUGAGACACUCAUGCAUGAGGGAACCAUCGUACCAAGUACAUCCUUUGCAGCUACAACUGUGAGAAGCUCUUCUGUAACACUCCACCAACCAUUGACAGAGUCUGCAUCAGAAGCUUCUACAGACACUUCUCCAGAGCAGAACACAACAGUGCUGUCAUCUACAGCAGAUCCCAACACUAGAGUAGUCACUAAAGAUCCUAACCAGGUGGAAAUAAGUGUGGACGUUUCGUCCAGGACCCCACCAGCUGGCUCAGAAAUGUUAACUUCUAAGCCAGUAGAUGGGCUAGAGUCAUCUGUUCCUGUCGAGGACACUACACAAGUUCCGGAUAUUAAAACAGUGGAGACACCAGGCAGUUCCUCAGCUGCAACAAGAACUGAAAAGCCAGUAGUUGUGUCCUCCACUGAUAUGGCCGAGGCAGUCACAGUCACUUUCUCUGAAGAGGACAGUAGCAUAGCAAGACAUGAGGCAACCAAUUCUGAGAGUAGUGCUCCAACUGUGUUUACCAUACCUCAGAAUGUAUCUACGACUGUUCCAUACCCUGUAGAGAUUGAAACAAAGGAGAUUUCAACCUCAACCACCACAGGGGCAGACAUCACUAAUCUAAAAUCCACUACUGCAGAUCCAAGAUCAGAUGGCAGCCAAGCUCUUGAUUUCUUUUCAACAAAGCCUUCAUCAUUGGACAGCAUAAUGUCAGAAACUGUAAAGUUCCAAACAGAAGGGACAAAAAUAUCUACAGAACAGGUGUCUACCAAUGAUUUCUUUGUGGAAACAUCAAGCGUAUUUGACAAAUCAACUGUGGCACUAACACCAGUGGUUACCUUAUCUGCAGAGGAGAAAACCCAUGAAGAUGUGCUCUCAGUUACGGGUUCAGAAGUUCCUACAGUGCCAGGUUUUUCAUUUUCUGACAGUGAUGGUUCAGGAGAACCGACAACAGAGAUUUCAGUCACAGAAUCCUUUACAGUUCUUCCACUGGAUACUAAUAUUACAAUUACAGCUGAUGAAAAUGUCACUAAAACACCUCAGAUUGUCCAAACCAGUGAAGAUAAAUCAGUCCAGCCUGACCAUACAUCCUCUUGGAGUACAACAAUGGCACCUGAGAGCCCAUCUGAGAAAGUGAAGGCAAGUUCAAGUUCAACACAUGUUGUGACUUUUAAAGAGGGUACAUCAAAAACUGAGACAUAUAGCACAGUGCCUUUGUCCACUCUUGAAAUAACUGAGUCCAGUGUAGUCCAUACAUUUAGUGAAGUGGUUACUCCACACACAACUUUAAGGAGUGAUGUUUCCACUGAGUAUGGACCAGAUUCUACUGUGCUUCCCAAAACUACAGCAACCACAGGGUUCUCUGAAUCAGUGGAGUCUACAGAGUCAACAUCAUUGCCUGUACAUUCAUCACCCCAAGCUUUAGGUACCAUUUCUACCAUUUCUACCAUUUCUUCUUCAGUCUCUGCAAGUAAUUACACCACCAAUGAGGCAACAGUGGAAUCAGUGUAUACAGUACAUGCCAAAACCACUAAAGAAAUCACUGUUGGUGAGGAUACUACUGUUGCACCAGUUCAUGCAGGUUCUUCAGAGGGUGGCUCAGGUGAUGACUCAGAGGUGUUCACAACAGUGCAUCCUACAGUGGUCUACACCACAUCACACAGUCUCGCUGGCACAGAGACCAUGAUAGUCCAAACAGAAGCAACACCAGGGCCAUCAUCAUGGUCAUCCAAAGUGCCUAUUAUUGAUGCUUCUGAAGUAAUGUUCACCUCAAGAGAGAGCACACAAGAGAUAACAGAUAGAUUUAGUGUGGAGUCCAUAGGAACUGCCUCUAUGAUGUUUAGUACUGGGGAAACAAUAAGCCAAGCUACACCAUCAAGUUCAGAGUCAGCUUUCAUCCUUCCUGAAGCAGUAGGGACAGAUGAUCAGACAUUUGGUAAAUCCACCCUUUCCUCACCAUCUGUAACAUCAUUUUCAACUGCAGGCCAGGGAGGUCUUUCCACUUAUUCCACAGCAAUAAACCUGCAUGUCACAGAGCUACCUCACUCUGAGGUAACAUCAGUAAAAGUCCAGGUUACUACCACAGCACCAGCCAUGAUGGGCUCAAGUCAUACUGUCAAAUUAUUGACUCCUACAGAUGGAACAACAGUACAACCAGCAACAGACUACACAAAGGGAGCAGAGAGUGGUAAGCCAUCUUCAGCUGUACCAAGUGCUCAUAUCACUUCAAGCUUGUUUUCUUCAACAGGGGAUAAGUCAUCUGCUGUCACGGACAUUGAUUUGUCCAGCACAACCCCUUUUGCUCAAAUGCACAGUACAGUAUUUGAAAUUGAACAGGACACAGAAAAAACAUCAGGGAGCAUUUCUACUACUACUGUUGCUCCAAACUCAGUCUCAUCUGAUUCAAUACUGCCAGGGUUUGACUGGUCUGGUCCAUCUGUAACAGAGGUGGUUGUGAGUUCACCAUCUUUACUAAGUACACUGAAACCAACACUCUCAUCAUAUCAAGGCACUGUGGAUGCUAAGUCCUCGACAAGUUCACCAGCACAGCACACCAGUGAAGCAGACUCAGGAGAUAAAAAUACUGAGUUUCCUUUUGUUGGUCAUCUGACACAAUCAGUCAUCCCAGCUCAAACAAGCUCAAUUGUUAGUCAGGCUACUAUGUCGAAUCUACCUACUAGUCAAGCUCCAGAGGAGCCAGAGGGUUCUGUUGAGAAUAAUGAAGAUGUAUCUAAUGUGGGCAUUCUUGAAGCAGGUCCUCCUCCACAAACUCCAUCAACCAAGGCUGACCAGUCUAGCCUAUACACAACAGAGGCAGUUGAAACUGCUCCUACUCCAACUGAGUCACAGAGACCAAGUGAAGCAACAGAAAUGACAACUGACCUCAGCCAUCCUACAGGUGAAUCAAUCACAGAACCACAGUCAGAAGAUUCAUUAUUGGAAAAGACUUCAGUCAAAGAAUCAACCAGUGUCACAAUCACUUCAAGCUCAUUGUCUUCCACAUCAGAUGAUGAGAAUUCUGGUGAGAAGGAAAUUGAAUUGACCAGCACAACUUCUUUUGGUCAAGUGCACAGUACAUCUGCAACUGAACAGGAUGUGACAGGAUCAAGUGUAGGAGCAACCUCAGAGAGUACAUCUGGUCAUACUACAGCUGCACCAAUAUCAAGGUCAAGCCAUAGAUCAACAGAGUCUCAAUGGUCCAGCCAAACUACGGCAGAGACUGUUGAACCCAUUCAUACUACUGAAUCACACAGUCCAAGCUACAUGACUACAAAGACUAGUUCAGCAGGAUCAUCCCAAUCAAUUCAGACUACAGUAGAAUCUUUCAGUAAGUCAGAUGACACAUUGUUAGAGAGGACUUCUGUGGAAGAAUCAACAAGUGCCAGUACAUUUACAACUGGACAAGACACACAACAGGACACAGAAAAAACAUCAGAAACGACAGCUGACAUCAGCCAUCCUUCUGUAGUAUCAAUCCAACCAAUCCACAGUACAGCAGAAUCUUUCAGCGAGUCAGUCAAAGAAUCAACAGGUGUCAGUAUCACUUCAGGCUUAUUGCCUCCUGUGCCAGAAUUUUCAGGCGAUGGGGAAGUUGAUGUGUUCAACACAACAGCAGGGACAAUUUCUUCUAGUACUGUACAGUCUAUCACAUCUGUCCAUACUACAGUAACAACAUUGUCCCAGUCAAACCACACAACAACAGAGUCUCACUGGUCUAGCCCAUCUAAAACAGAAGAAGUUGAAACCGUUCUCACUCCAACUGAGUCACACAGCUCUAGCUCCCUGACUGACACUGACAUCAGCCAUACUUCAACAGUAUCAAUUCACAGUACAGCAGAAUCUUCCAGCGAGUCAGUCAAAGAAUCAACAGAUGGCAGUAUCACUUCAAGCUUAUUACCUUCUGUGCCAGAAUUGUCAGGUGAUGGGGAUGUUGAUUUGUUUAACACAAUAGCAGGGUCCAUUUCUACUAGUUCUAUACAGUCUAUCACAUCUGCCCACACUACAGUAACACCAAUGCCCCAAUCAAGCCACAAAACAACAGAGUCCCACUGGUCUAGCCCAUCUAAAACAGAAGAAGUUGAAACCAUUUUCUCUACAACGGAGUCACACAGCUCUGGUUCCCUGACUGACACUGACAUUAGCAAUCUUUCAACAGUUUCAAUCCAACCAGUCCACACUACAGCAGAAUCUUUUAGCAAGUCAGUCAAAGAUUCAACAGAUGGCAGUAUCACUUCAAGCUUAUUGCCUUCUGUGCCAGAAUCUUCAGGCGAGGGGGAAGUUGAUCUAUUCAACACAAUAGCAGGAUCCAUUUCUACUAGUACUGUACAGUCUAUCACAUCUGCCCAUACUACAGUAACACCAAUGUCCCAAUCAAGCCACAAAACAACAGAGUCCCACUGGUCUAGCCCAUCGAAAACAGAAGGAGUUGAAACCAUUUUUACUACAACUGAGUCACGCAGCUCUAGUUCCCUGUCUGACACUGACAUCAGCCAUACUUCAACAGUAUCAAUCCAACCAAUCCACAGUACAACAGAAUCUUUUAGCGAGUCAGUCAAAGAAUCAACAGGUGGCAGUAUCACUUCAAGCUUAUUGCCUUCUGUGCCAGAAUCUUCAGGCGACGGGGAAGUUGAUCUGUUCAGCACAAUAGCAGGAUCCAUUUCUACUAGUAUUGUACAGUCUAUCACAUCUGCCCAUACUACAGUAACACCAAUGUCCCAAUCAAGCCACACAACAACAGAGUCCCACUGGUCUAGCCCAUUUAAAACAGAAGAUGUUGAAACCAUUUUCUCUACAACUGAGUCACACAGCUCAGGUUCUCAGACUGACACUGACAUCAGCCAUAUUUCAGCAGUAUCAAUCCAACCAAUGCACAGUACAACAGAAUUUUUCAGCGAGUCAGUCAAAGAAUCAACAGAUGGCAGUAUCACUUCAAGCUUAUUGCCUUCUGUGCCAGACUUUUCAGGCAAUGGGCCAGUUGAUUUGUUCAGCACAGUAGCUGGGACAAUUUCUACUAGUACUGUACAGUCUGUUGCAUCUGCCCAUACUACAGUAACACCAAUGUCCCAAUCAAGCCACAAAACAACAGAGUCCCACUGGUCUAUCCCAUCUAAAACAGAAGGAGUUGAAACCAUUCACACAACAGCUCAGUCACACAGUUCUAGUUCCCUGAGCGAAAAGACAACUGACAUCAGCCAUACUUCAACAGUAUCAAUCCAACCAAUUCACAGUACAACAGAAUCUUUCAGCGAGUCAGUCAAAGAAUCAACAGGUGGCAGUAUCACUUCAAGCUUAUUGCCUUCUGUGCCAGAAUUUUCAGGCGAUGGGGACGUUGAUCUGUUAAGCACAAUAGCAGGGAUCAUUUCUACUAGUACUGUACAGUCUGUCACAUCUGCCCAUACUACAGUAACACCAAUGUCCCAAUCAAGCCACAAAACAACAGAGUCCCACUGGUCUAGCCCAUCUAAAACAGAAGGAGUUGAAACCAUUCUUACUACAACUGAGUCACGCAGCUCUAGUUCCCUGACUGACACCAACAUCAGCCAUACUUCAACAGUAUCAAUCCAACCAAUGCACAGUUCAACAGAAUCUUUCAGCGAGUCAGUCAAAGAAUCAACAGGUGGCAGUGUCACUUCAAGCUUAUUGCCUUCUGUGCCAGAAUUUUCAGGUGAAGGGGAAAUUGAUCUGUUCAGCAAAAUAGCAGGGACCAUUUCUACUAGUACUGUACAGACUGGCGCAUCUGCCCAUUCUACUGUAACCACAAUGCCCCAACCAAGCCACACAAAAACAGAGUCCCACUGGUCUAGCCCAUCUAAAACAGAAGAAGUUAAAACCAUUCACACAACAGCUGAGUCACACAGUUCUAGUUCCCUGAGCGAAAAGACAACUGACAUCAGUCAUACUUCAACAGUAUCAUUCCAAGCAGUUCAUACUACAGAUGAAUCAAACACUGAUACAGAGGACAUGUCUUCCGGUGAUGGGGGCUUUGGUUUGUCCAGCACAAUCUAUUUUGCACAAGUGCACAAUACAUUUACAACUGGACAUGAUUUGGCAAGACCAACUGUAGGAGUAACAUCAGGCAGUACAUCUGGUCAUACUACUACAGCAGCAGCAGCAAUAAUAUCAGGAUCAAGCCAUACAACAACAGAGUCUCAAUGGUCUAGCCAAUCCACUGUACAAACUGUAUCUGAAAUCAUUCCUAUCACAAGUGAAUCCCCUAGACCUGUCCACACUAUAACAGAAUCUAGUUACAAAUCACCAGGAUCAACAGAGGAGUCACUUAUUAGUUCAACUUCUUUACUAAGUACAAAGAAACCGUCAGUGGAACCACAGUCGGUUAUCCCAUCUCAGACAUUUUCUCAUGCAAUUGAUGAAACCUUUUCUGAUACAACAACUUUAUUUUCAAGCACUGUCACCAGCCCUUCAAAGUCAUUUACUACUCAAGCCCCUAAUGAGCCAGAUGGUUCUGCUGAAGAACCUAAAGAAGGAUCUACUGAUUUAUCUAGUGUAGCUGUUCUUGAGGCAGGUCCUCCAUCACAACGUCCAUCAACAGAAGAUAUGCCAGCCACACCAUCAGUGGCAAUUACCAAAGAGACAACAUCAGCUUUUCCCACUUCGCCUCUAACAGUUACAGUAACAGCCUUCACAGGUGAUAGGGAAGAUUCAGGAGAGCAAAGUGCAAUGCCUAAAACAGCACCAGAUGACAGAGAGAGAACCAGCAGCAGUUCAACCACGGCUAAAACAUCAGUAACAUCACAUUCAUCACCAUCUAAAAUUGGUAUGGAUGGAUCCGGGGACUUUGACACAGAAGAUGAUCAAUUGUCUCCAACAUUUGAAGCAUCUGCUGAGGGUAUAUCAGAAUUACCAACAACUGAAGCAAAUAAAGAGGUUUUUGUACAAACUGAUGAAGCAGAAAUCAGUUACACCACAAAGAGCCCACUGGAUUACUCAAGUAUAGGAACAGUUACACAAAUCAUGCAAGAUUCUCAGGCUACAUCAACAGUUUCUACAACUUCUACAAAAAAGGACAUUACAGCUCCAUCUUUAGAGCUUGGUACUGAUGGCACAGAGGAUACUACAGUUGAAAUGGAAGGAAGUACUGAAGAAGGUGGUUCUGGUGAUGGGGUGUCCAGUGAUGAAGUUGAAUCGCAUCCUCCUUCUCAAAGUCCACCAACAGUUGAUACAGUGCCGAUCUCACAAUCAGUGUUAGUUGGGGAAAGUGAGGGAACCAAGUUGCCAAUGACCAAAACUACUGAAGAGUCAUCAUCAUUUGUUCCCACCUCAGCUUUGACAAGUUCAAUGAUUGCCUUCACCACUAAAUCAGCAGACCAUGGUGAUCACAUGUUUACAACUAUACCACCAACUUCUGUCAUUGGUGUAACAGAAUCAGAUGUUUUCAGAGAGCAAGCCACCACCAGCAGCAGAUCACUUUCACAGACCACUGAUUCAGCUGUAACAGGUGAUGAGCUCUCUGGAACCCUUGAAACAACCUCAAUUGCUACUCAUUCAUUUAAAACAGAUCAAAGUUCUGAUUCUCACUUCAGCACUACUAUGCAUUCAACAAAACACACAUAUUUGGAAGGAUCUGGGACCUCAGACUUAGAAGGCUUUGAGGAUGAGAUGUUGGAAACACCAACAACAAAAGCAACUAUGGAAUUUUCUGUAAGAACAGAUGAGGCUGAAACCAGUGAAGGCAGGAGCACAUCAACAAUUCAUGAUCUAACAGUUGAAAGUUCUACUCAUUCCACAUUGUUCAAAUCUGAGUAUACAUCAACAGUGUCUUCCAGUCCAGUUCAUGGACAAUACAUGACUUCAGCAUUAGAUGGUGGUAGUGGAGAUGCAGAGGACAAUGCACCUGAAAAUGAAAUUACUGGAGAUGAUGGAUCGGGGAUGCUUAAUGUUUCAACAGAAACAUCUGAAGUGUCACUUCACACAAUUGUCAGAGAGGUGACAUCUGUGCUACCCACCUCAACUUUGACAGGGACAGUAGUCGCCCCCACAAAUGAGGAAGUUGGUGGAACAAGUGCAACACCAGUGCUGUCCAGCACAGCUUCAGUAUUGGAUCACACUGGAACAGAUGACCAACAGAUAACAACACAUUUAACAAAAGAUGGACUAAGCUUUACCACUGCUGUCACUAGAAGUUACACUGUUGAAACAACUACGCAAAGUGUUGCAUCCAGUGAAGUUCAAACAUCAGAACGUGAACUGGUCCACAUUUCAACCACACAGUUUACCCUUGAGGGGACAUCAGACAAUUUAGAGAUGUCUACUUCUACAAAGGAUUCUUCAACCAUGACUUUGGAUGAAGUCAACACCCAGUCAUCCACAGAGUCAGUUCAGAGCUCUCAAACUCCUCAUCUCUACCAGCAAACCACAGACCACCAAUAUACAACAGCAAUCCCCUCUAUUAGUGAGAUUAGAUCUGGCUUACCUAGCACAAGGCCUCAAGGAACAAGCAGUGUUUUCCUUUUCCCAGAAAAUGAGGAUGAACUUCUUUCACCAGUUACAGACAGUAUGAGAGACACUAGCAUUAAAGUAGAGCAUUUUACCAAGAAUGACAUCAUUGAUGCUGACACAGUUUCUAUUUCAGAGCUCUCGUCACUUUUUUCCCCAACAAUCAAGACUGAGGAAGCUUCAGAUGUAACACCAGUCACCAUGACACUACCAUCCUCCAGCAUAUUGACAACAGAUCAUGAAGGAUCUGGGACAGAUAAUCAUUUAUUUUCAGAGCCUAAAAUACCAUUGCCAGCCACAGAAGGACUGAUGGCUGGUGUAAAAACUACAGCUUUUGGCUCAGCUGAAUCUUUGUCAAGUAGCUCCAUUAAAGAAGAGGACUCAACAUCAUCAGAAUAUACUAAAACCAUUGCAACCUCAAAGGGCAUGACUCAUGAGGCAUUCACAUCUUCAUACUCUGGUGAAACAAUCCAAUAUUCCACUCAGAGUACCUCACAUUCAAGGUUCAGCACAUUGCAUCACUCGGAUGUCACUCCUCAUCCCAGCAGCACCAGCAAAUACUUUCCAGGUCACACCACCUCCUAUCGUACCCACAGCACACAUCAGCCCACAUUUACCACCACUCAUCCCAUCUCCACUACCACACACCACAGUGAUGCUAUUACCAGAUCUAGUCACACUAACACUGAUCAUCCUAAAACAACCUCACAUUCAGUGUCUACCACAGUUCAUGCUGCAUUUAGUACAACACAGGCAACAUUCAAGACUGGUGAAGCUUUUACAACAGAAUCUACAACAUUGGAGGGAAAAGUCUUAGACAGAACUUCCAUUCCAUUCACAGGAUUUGAAGGUUCUAGUGAAGGUUCGGACCUGGGUGAGCAAAUUCCUACAUCUACACCCCGUCUAGCUUCCUUGUUAUCUGCCUCUACAAGUAGUCUACCACCUGUUGAUUUGACUCCAUCCAAAGAAGACUCUACAGUGGAUGAUACUUCAACUUCAACACUAGAAUAUGAAACUGUUCAACCUGAUAAAAGUACCAGCUCUGGACAAAAUGCAGUUUCGUCAGUCACUGCAUCACAGAAACCAUCAGGAGUUUCUUUUGUUGAUGAGUCAGAAACAGGUAGUACACCUGAUAUGGAGAGUCCUACUGCAGGUGAAUUAACUACAAUGUCUCCUGAGUCAGAAACCAAUGAGCUAUUUGGUACAUCUAAUGGUACACCUAAGCAUUUUGUGACCACCAUGCAGCCUAAAAUACAAACUAGUGAGUCUCUACCUGAAACUGACGUUGAAAAUGCCACACAAGCAACUGCUGAAUACACAGUAACUGACACAAUGACAACAAGAGUAGAUCAAGGAUUGGAGGAGAUAACAGCAGAGACAGAAUCAAGAACCUCAGAGAGACCACUGCUGGAGACCACCACAUGGAAGACAACAAGUCAAUUUAAUUUAUCCACAGAGGAAAGCUCAGGUGAUGAGCCAAUCGAAACAACAGUCUUUCCCAAAGUUACCACAGCCCACCAUUAUCUUUCCUCCACCGGUUCUGAGGCUAGUGCAUCGACAAUAUUCCCAACAUCAGUCCCUUUCAAAAUGACAGUCACUUCUCAGCCAUCUACAGAUACAGAGACAGAGGAAGAAACUGAAAUGUCUAGGCCCCACAUUGGAACCACACAUUCUACAACUUUGCUGUCUUCAGUUACACAUAACACAGAACUUGUAGGUACAUCCACUGUCAUCCCCACAUUUGAAGAUCAAACCAAGGCAGAGACAGAUACUGAUGCAACUGAUGAAUCCUUUGUAUUAGAGUCCAAACCAGUUUUUAGUUCUUCUGAGACCACCUCACACUUUGAGAGCACCUCCCAAUCUGAGAGUGAAACCUUUGAAUCAAGCUCAACUGUUAUUCCCAGCAGCAUAAGCUCUGAGAAGCCAAGUGUUUCAGAGACAGUUCCUACUGAGAUGUCCACUAUGUCUUCCACACAGCAUUUUACUGUGGUAGUGGCUCUGGGCACAGAGAAAGGCACUUUGCCAGAAGGAAGUGAACGAGAUUUUGAGGACCACGCUGAUGACCACACAAAUCAAUUCACAAGUCAGUCCCCACCACUGUCUAGCAGUUUAGAAAGCAACAAAGAGCUGACUACUACCCUUCCAAGGUCUAGUGAGAUUCAACAAGUCAUUUUACCAUCAGCUACCACACCAACACUUCUACAGCCUGAUGAUUCCGACUCUAGUCCUGGCGGUGAGGAAACUGUCUCAGAGGUACAACAGGUAGUUGGCCAAACUAAUGAAACUGUGACUCCUAGAACAGAGGUUCAAGAAAAUAUAGAUGAAUCAAGCCAACACACAACAUCACCAAUGUUAUCGGCUAAAAUCACUACUGAAUCAGUUACUGCCGAAGAGCAUAGUGAGAGCACUGUUACUGAAAAGUCUGAAAGUGUAGCAACAAGUGAUAUAGCGAAUCUACAAUCUGUGGCCCUUACUGUUGAAAAUUCAGAAUCAAGUAGUACAUCUUUUGUGGAGAGCUCUACUACCAGUGAAUUAACAUCAGGUACAUCAGCCAACCCCAUCACAAAUGAGACAGUGGACUAUGAUGCUACAUCUACACCUGAUCUUAAUGCUACUGCAUCCACCACUGAGUAUGAGAGUGAGACUAAUAUUGAGACCACCACACAAUCUGAAAUGAGGACUGGACACUUUGAACCCAAGAAUGAAACUGGCUUUGAGGUUACUACAGAAUACGAUAUCAACACCCAAACACAAACUGUAAAAGAUGAUGAAACCAAGACAUUCUCAACAGAGUCAGUCACCAAUGAAGUGUUGGGCUAUGAUGCCACAAAUAAACCAGUUCUAAAUGCUACUUUUACCAUCAUUGAGCAUGAAAAUGAGACUAAUAUUGAAACCACCACCCAAUUAGAUUCUGAAUCCGAAAAUGAUUCUUCCAUUGAAGUUACCACACAAUACAAUACUAACACCCAAACGCAAACUGUAAAACCUGAAGAAACCAAGACAUUCUCAACAGAGGACGUUGAGACUGACAAGACAGAUGAAGUAACAGCAGAAACCUCUUUUGAUACCACCACAUGGAAGACAACUAGCCCAUUAUCCUCAUCCUUAGAAGGAAGAAGUGAUCAGACCACUGAAACUGUAAGCCAAGACUCAUCUCCAGUUUUUACCAAUAUGGCCGCAGUAACUUCUGCAUCUCUGCUGUCAAAAAUGACAGGUACACCCCAGCCUUCCUCAGAAACCCAGGCAGGUUUCCAAACAACAAUCAUUUCCACGGUGCCUUUGUCCACAUCAGACAAUGAGGAGGCUACUCAAACUCUUGGGACCGCAGAAGAAACCGUCUCAUCUACAAAAGACACUCCAAAAGCAGAAGCAAUUUCAUUCAAUUCUGAAAACACAUUGUCGUCAACUGCACCUACAACAGAACAAAAAACAGAAGCAUCAACUUUUACACCUACAGUUGAAGAUCAAACCCAAAAUGAAGACCUGAACUUUACUGGACAAAAUGGCACCACUGCAUCAACAUUAAAUUCUGAGGAUACUUUGUCACCAACUGCUCCUUCAACACAGCAAAAAACAGACACACCAACAAUUACUCCGGCAGUUGAAGAUCAAACCCAAAGUGAAGCUGUGGAUUCCACCAAUGCAUCAACAGAGUCAAACACCCAAGUUACAUUGGACAAUGAUGACACAUCUAGACCUCUUUUAAUCGAGUCUCAACCAGAUUUGAGUCAUCCUAAGACCACCACCCAAUCUGAGACAGAGACAGACUUUGAGAGUACUGCGCUUCCUGAAAUCGAAACCUCAGAAACAAGUUCAUCUAUUGCUACCAGCAGAUACAGCACAAGUUCCGAGAGCUCAAGCAUCUCUGACCUAAGUCCUUCCACACCUUAUGACAGUGCCCCAGAAGGAACCACACUGUCUAGAUACGAUGGCUACGAUGGCACAAUAUCUGCUACUAGUGCCACAGAAAACAGUGUAGAAGAAGCAACCGCCUCUGUUCCAUCAUCUGAUGAGUCAGUUCAACCGGUCAUUUUAUCCUCCUCAGUUACCUCAGAACCACUGUUCCAGCCUCAUAAACCCGACUCCGGGUCUGUUGGUGAUGAAACUGUAUCACAGAACCUACAGGCAGUCGGCCACAUUGAAGAAGCUGUAACUCCUAGAACUGAGAUACCUUUUCUGGAAACUCUGGAUUAUACAUCAUCACCCUCUGGAACUGGUUCUGAAGAAGAUAUAGGCGACCCCUCAUUGGUCGAGGCUCUACCCUCUAAUCCACAUGUGCAGAGUGCGACGCCCAUACCUACGGAACACACUGAUCUGGGAUACACAGUCAUUGGAGAGACGUUUGACAUUCCAGGUGUUUAUUCAUGCACUAGUGAUUCCUGUCUUAAUGGGGGCUCAUGUGUUACAAUGGGUAAUACUCAAACCUGCAGCUGUCUACCUGGAUUCAGUGGGGAGCAUUGUGAGAUAGACAUUGACGAGUGCCACGACAACCCGUGUCUCAAUGGAGGUACCUGUGUGGAUGGGGUGAAUUCCUUUAGCUGUGUGUGCUUACCGAGUUACACAGGAGCGCUCUGUGAGCAGGAUACAGAAACAUGCAGCUAUGGCUGGCACAAGUUCCAGGGCCAUUGCUAUAAGUACUUCCCCCACAGACGCACCUGGGACUCAGCCGAGCGCGAGUGUCGCCUCCAGGGUGCUCACCUUACCAGCAUUCUCUCCCAUGAAGAGCAGGACUUCAUCAACCGGCUUGGCCGCGACUACCAGUGGAUCGGGCUGAACGAUAAGAUGUUUGAAAAUGAUUUCGGGUGGACUGAUGGCCGCGUUGUGCAAUAUGAGAACUGGAGGCCCAAUCAGCCGGAUAGCUUCUUCUCCUCCGGAGAGGACUGUGUGGUGAUGAUCUGGCACGAGGACGGUCAGUGGAACGACGUUCCCUGCAACUAUCACCUCACCUUUACCUGCAAGAAAGGCACCGUGUCGUGCAAUCAGCCUCCUUUGGUGCAGAACGCUCGUACCUUUGGGCAGAAGCGGCCUCGCUACGAGAUCAACUCGCUAGUCAGGUACCAGUGCAUGGAGGGCUUCAUCCAGAGGCACGUGCCCACCAUCCGCUGCAGAGGAGACGGCUCAUGGGACCUGCCCAAAAUCACCUGCAUGACCCCCUCCAACUACCAGAGGUCGUACAGUCGCAGGUAUCAGUCCUUCGGCAGAAUCUACGGCAACCAUCGGAGGAGAUCUGCAGAAAAAUCAGAUUCACCCCAGAAGCACCAUCGUCAUGCUUCAAAAGACAGCCGGACCAAACCUUAAACUCGCUACGACACGUGUGCUCCCAGCGACGAGUCUUUUCUUCGAGGGAGCACUAACAGAGACUCUUUAAACUCCACAUGAUGGACCUUCAUGUGAUUUGAACGACCAUAGAUGCAUAAGUAUAUAUGGAAACAGGACAAGGACAAUGAUCUGAGGUUUAGAUACUGGAAUCAAUGCAGUGCCUUUUCAGUAUUUGCAAAAAAAAAAUCUUUCAGUGUUUCCGCUGGAUGACUGAUUCUCUGCUAGAAAAUGUACAAAACUCCUUUCUAUUUCUGCUUAGGAUCACACCGUGCCUUCUUUGUUGAACGCAGAAUGCUUAAAUGCAGAAAAAUCAGCAGGUUUUGUAGAUCCGCAAGAGCCACAAAGAUCAGACAAGAUGCAUUUAUUGACUCUGAGCCAAAAAAUGUCCCAGCACACAUUUUUGAGGAGGUUGUGGUUCCAUGUUUUCUUAUGAAUGAUGAGACACAAGUGUUCUUUAGGUCUGCAAAAAUGAGAACCAUCCUGAAGAUGCACUUUUUUAACACUAAAUGAGGAAAAAAACUACUACAGAAACAGUAGUUCAAUGUGAGCUUUGGUUCUUGAUUAUUGAUGCACUCUAGAUGCAAGAAAUCUCAAAUUCAAAAACAUAAAAUAUUAAGAAAAUUAAAAUAUAAAGAGCACAGUAUGUUGUUUAGUUGUAGAAGAUACGUAAAAUGACCUGUUACAGAAAUUACAGGAGUUUUGGUUCUUGUUCCAUUACAGAAACUUUAGUUGCACACUGUAAGGAAACUCAAAAUCAAAAAUUAAUUAAUCAAGAAAACAUAGCUUUCUGUUCAAAACUAGUAAUUUUUUAAAGAAAUCUCACCAAAAACAAUUCACCACAAAAGAGCAAAAAAAAAACAAAUCUUUUCAAAAGAAAACUUAAGUGCCUUGAAUGAGACAGCGAAGUCUAUUAAAGACUAUUCUGAGGCCAUUUUUUGAUUCAUCUCGCUCUACAACGAAGACAAGGUUUCACUUACAUGUAACUCCUUCAGUUUUAAUCCUUAAACUUAACUUUUCUUCUAAUCCUUAUAAACGAGCUGCUGCGCUCCCAGCUUUCCUAAUGCUUUCAUGACGUCUCUGGAUGAUGUAAAACUACUUUUUGAGAGAAUGUACUUUGUGAAUUGCUCAACAAGACUUGAACCAAAUGCCUUUUUAACAGCAUGCAUGUAAUUUAUUUUAUGAUUUUUUUUUCAAGCUGCUCUUCAUCUUCUUGUGGUUGGGUUGCAGUUGGAAAUGCAACAUCUCCGAUAUUUAACACGUCCUGGCAAUGCAGAUUCAUACGGAGGACUGUCGCCAAAAGAACGACCUGUGACUGAUAGGAUAUUCGCUAAUCAGACACACAGAGGAAAUGGAAACUGACACAACAUUAGGGGUGUUUUUAUUUUUUAUUCGAUGGACUAUGUUCAACAGAACCCACCAAAUCUAUAAUCCAGUACAGCUUUGCUUCACAGAAUAUCUUCACUGCACAUCUUCAUUCAUAAUCAUGGGCCACGAUCCACCAUUUGUUGUUCAUCCCAAGUGUUUUUUUUUUUUUUUUUUCAAUUUAUUUGAAUUCUUUUUUGUGUUUGUCAGUUGUGUUUUACUCGAAAAUGCACAUAUCUUUUUAUAUUUAUAGUAUAACAUGUUUAUUGUAUAAUGUGAAUGUCUGGGGUUGUGUGUGGAAAAAAAAACUAUUGUAAGAAAAGUUGCUUUUUAUACCUACCAUUUGUCACCAAAGAGAAAAAAAGAAAGUUUAUUCCAUUCA